ACUCCCGAACGCGGCCGCUGCAGCCGCCCGGCGGGGAGCGGAGAACGGACGGAGCGGCGCCGGCCGCCAUGGCGCGGGAUCCGGCCUUCGUGCUGCGCUACCUGGCCGAGGUGGAGGAGCUGGCCGAGGACGUGCUGGCGGCGCGGCAGCAGAUCGUCGAUCUGGACGUGAAACGGAACCGGAACCGCGAGGCGCUGCGGGCGCUGCGCAAAGACCCGGAGCCCGAGGGAAAAGCCAUGGUCUGCUUCGGGAGCACGUUCAUCGAGCUGCCCAAGGCCAAGACCGAGGAGAUGCUGCAGAAGGAUCAGGAACAUCUGGAUGAGGAGAUAAACAACCUCCGGAAAGAGCUGCGUGUGAAGGUCAACCGUCUCUAUGAAGCUCAAGGUAAACCUGAGCUGAAGGGAUUUAACCUGAACCCCAUGACGCCGGAGGAAAUGAAACUCAUCAAUCGCAUCCUGGAAGGCUGAGGCAGCUGUGCCACCA